AUGGUCAAUAAGAUCCUCGCCACCUUCUUUGCGGCAGACGGACUUUUCGUCCUUGGAGGAGCCCUUAUUCUCGCUGUUGGGCUCAUCAGCAAAUCCCAACUGGACGCGGAACCGACACUGGAUAAUAUCGCGCAUAUCUUGCUGUUGUCCCACUGCCCUAUAACCGCCGCAAUCGUGAACGCCGUUUUCGUCUUUUUCACAUUCAUCUUGUCGCUGCCGGCAAUAAUACUGGGGACAGACCGACUGUGGUUCAAAAUCCAUGGCUGGUUCGUCGUCUUGUGUGGCAUCUUCACUCUCUGUUUGGGCUUAAGUAUCUGGUUCGAAACGCUGAAGACCAGGUCGAAAUUGGGAAUUAUGUGGGGGACACAGACUCCACGAGUGCAGAGUUUGUUACAGCAACGAUUUGACUGUUGUGGAUAUCUAAACAGCACCUCUCCGCCAUUCCAGGUCGAUCAAACAUGUCCGACUCCACUCGUCGCUGCACAGAAAGCGGGCUGCGUCGGACCCUUCUCCGAUUACGCAAAUCACUUUCUUGAUGUUAUUUUCACGGCUGACUUUGGCGUUGUUGCCAUCGAUGCCCUCCUUCUUCUCUGCAUUGCAAUUGUCCUCAAGGACCGCAAGGAGCGCGAUCGGUAUCGCCUGAUAGAUUCAAAGAGUGGAUUCGAUACUAUAUAA